GAAUCAUUUAAGUAACGGAGAGCAACGUUACUCCGUUAAGUCUCCAAUGCAAUGCCCGCCUCCAAGGCCAAAAACCUAAGCUCACUAUUCCGCACUGCCGUCAAAACCACCACCACCACUACCGCCGCCGCCGCCGCCACCGCCACCGCCACUUCUUCUUCUUCUUCUUUUUCUACACCCGCCCAAGACGCUACUCUCAAACACUUCGUCUCCUCGCUCGACACCUCGUCGUCUCCCACCGCCUCCAUUUCCAACUUCAUCAAACGACGCUACGUCAAAGUCAAGUCCCCCAAAUCCUCCUCCUCUCUCUCAACCAAUACCUCCUGUUCCUCCUCUCUUCCCAUCCUCAACCUUGACCCUCUCUCUGAUUCUGAGGACUCGGAGAAGCAGUUGUCCAGGGAGAUAUCUUCUAUAUUGUCCGGUGGUGAAUCGGUAAGUUCACCUGAUUUGCAGGGAGCUGAUGAUGGAGAAGAUAUUGUGGAAAAAGUGCUGAAUAUACCAUGGUUUUCUAACCUGUCUCACAAUCAUAUAUCACUACAUCGGAAAGAAGUAUCUCGUGAACGGAAACAAAAAUGGGUUUACAAAAGUUCCCAGGGGAAUCGUUUUAACCGUUUAAUUUCAAUGUGUGGGCAGAAACUGGGAACAGAGACUACCAUACAGGUAUUUGGUAAGUUGGGACGAGAAACUGGUGUCAAAGAAUAUAAUGCAUUAAUAGGACUAUGCGUACAGAGGGUCAGGAGAAGCGAUGAUGAAGAUGCUGCAUUAGAACAGAUACACAUGGCUUUUCGACUUUUUGAAUCAAUGAGAGAGCAAGGUUUCCAAAUAGAAGAGGAUACUUAUGGCCAAUUUCUUCUGUAUUUAAUUGAGAUGGGUAUGGAACAAGAAUUUCAUUUUUUCUGUGGAGUUAUUGGAAAAGAUAAUCCACGUUCGCUUCCAAGAUUAGGCUACUAUGAGAUGCUGCUGUGGAUCAGAGUCAACAAUGAAGAAAAGAUUCAAGAGCUUUGUAAAUACAUUGCAGUUGAUAAUGGGGGAGACAAUUCCACUUUACGAGAGAAUUAUUUGUUAGCUCUUUGUGAAAGUGACCGGAAGAAGGAGCUUUUGCAGCUGCUGGAAAUUGUCGACAUGAUGAAACUUUCACCACCAAAUUCUGCAAAUAUAUUUAGAUCAUUAGGAAGGCUAUCAUUGGAGUCUUCCGCUGAGAACUUCCUUAUGGCAUUCAAAAACUGCAAUUAUGAAGCAGAAAAUAUCUCAAACUUCAUCUCUAGUUAUGUUGUUAGCAUUCCAAAUUUAGCGGUUGAGGAUGUCAUUUCAAAAUUUAAAAACUUCCAUGCAAAAUUGGAAGUGACACCUUCGUCCUCAUCCUAUGCAGAGCUCAUUGCAUAUUGUUGUGAUUCACUGAAGGUGCAUGCUGCUCUUGAUUUAGUUGACGAAAUGUGUGAAGUGGGGUUGACCUUAUCAAUUGAGGUGUUACACUCCAUUUUACAUGCUACUGAACAGAGCUGUGAGUUUAAUUUGGUUCGUCGAAUCUAUUCAGUGAUUUGUCGCCAGGAUAUGACACCAAACAAUGAAACCUUCAGGAGUAUGAUAAGUUUAUGCGUGAGAAUGAAAGAUUUUGAGGGUGCAUAUGGCAUGCUUGAGGACUUGGAGAAAAUGAAUUUGACACCUACAGCCAACAUGUACAAUGCUAUAAUGGCUGGAUAUUUUCGAGAGAAGAACACAUAUGGAGCAUUGAUGGUUCUCAGGAAAAUGGAACUUGCAGAUGUAAAACCUGAUUCACAGACGUUCAGUUAUCUGAUAAGCAACUGUGACUGCGAAGAAGAUAUUAUCAAGUAUUACGAAGAACUGAAGCAUUUUGGAGUUCAAGUCACGAGGCAGAUUUUCAUGGCACUUAUAAAUGCAUAUGCAAAUUGUGGACAGUUUGAGAAGGCAAAACAGGUAGUCUCAACUAAAGGAAUUCCAGUUAAAAACCUAAAUGAAAUCAAGAGUGUCCUUGUGUCAGCUCUUGCAUCACAUGGGCAAAUGUCUGAUGCCCUUGAUAUAUAUGAAGAAAUCAAGCAAUCUGGAUCCAAUUUGGAACCAAAGGCUGUUAUAAGUCUUAUGGAGCAUCUUCAAUCUGAUGGAGAGUUGAGUAGAUUGUUUCAGCUACUCGAGGAAUUAAAAGAUGUAGACUAUUGGGUGGAUGGUUGCUGCAGACUUAUUUUAUAUUGUGUGCGAUAUAAGCAUUUAAGUUCUGCUGUUGAUUUGCUCAAGCAACUGAAGGAUAAUUUCUGUAAUGAUGAUAUGGCCAUGGAAGUUCUUUUUGAUGAGGUAUUUUCCCAAGUUGGAGAGUCAGAGUUUACGCAUUUGCAGAUUGGACUGGACUUGCUUCAAGUCAUCAAGGAUGAGCUUUGCCUCUCUCCUUCCCGAAAAUGUCUUGAUUUUCUUCUCAAUGCUUGUGUCAAUGCCAAAGAUUUGCAGAGUUCUCUUCUGAUUUGGAAAGAAUAUCAAGCUGCUGGACUUCCUUAUAAUGUCCUCAGUUUUCUAAGAAUGUAUCAAGUUCUUUUAGCUGCAGGGGAGCAUAAGGCUGCAAAGAUUCUGCUUAAUAAAAUCCCGAAAGAUGAUAUUCAUGUUCGUUGUGUGAUCAAAGCUUGUCAAACAAGUUAUAUAAGGCCCAAGUCUACAAAGGGUAAGAAGAAAAAUAAGGUAAAGAGGAAGGGAUGAACUGCACUUCAAAAUAAAGAAAAUGAAAUAAUCUUUACUAACAAGCAAUUUUGUUCACUCGAAAGACAUUGAUAAUCUGGCCUUUUAUACGGAAGUUAUAUUAAUUAUAUUGAGUUAUAUAAUGAGGAAGUGGGCCUCUUUCGCA